UCACAUCGCAUAUAUAUUGAAAAAAUCAAUUUAAAACUAAACUGGAGUAAUUAAUUCUCAACUCUCAAAUCUCCCCCAAUUUCGCGGUAUGGCGUUCUUGAUUCACUCGCCGGGAAUUUCAUUGCUCGCAGUAAGUGGAAGGCCUGGGAGAAUCGCACCUGCAACCGGAAGAAGAAACGUCAGGUUUUCCGCCUGUUCGGGAGUUAAGGAUUUGGAGAAGAGGGAGGUUUUGAAAUUGAGGAAGAGAGGCGAUGGAUACGAGGAUAGCUUGUGUUGUUUGUACGGGCUGGUGAAGCAGGACGAGACAGUGUCGUUUUCGGUGAGCGAGACCAAGGAUGAGGAAGGAAAGAAGCAGGAUUAUUAUGUGAAUACGGGUUACGCGAUUCGGACUAUCCGAGAGGAGUUUCCGGAGCUUUUCUACCGAGAGCUAAGCUUUGAUAUAUACAGGGAUGACAUUGUCUUCAAGGAUCCACUCAACACCUUUUCUGGCAUAGAGAAUUACAAGACGAUCUUCUGGGCUCUAAGAUUUCAUGGAAGGAUUUUCUUCAAGGCCCUGUGGGUUGACAUUGUUAGUGUGUGGCAGCCUGUGGAGAACCUGAUAAUGGUGCGUUGGACUGUCCGUGGCAUCCCACGGGUUCCGUGGGAGAGUCAUAGCAGAUUCGAUGGUACCUCAGAGUACAAGCUUGACAAGGAUGGGAAGAUUUAUGAGCACAAAGUUCACAACAUUGCCUUGAAUGGACCUCAGAAGUUUCAAGUAAUAGGUGUGGAGCAGUUGAUUCAAUCUAUAGGUUGCCCCUCCACUCCAAAGCCGACUUAUUUUGAACUUCUGUCUCCUUCAGUGACGAAUCUUGUGCCACUGAGGAAAUUGUCUGCUGUUAAAUGCUACUUAGGUUCUCUUCUAACUAGACUGAAAUCUGAGGUCAAGUCAUAAUGCAGUAUGCAGUACCCUCUGCUCUGAUCCAUGCCACCGGGGGGCUUGUUUGAGGUGUGUUCUUCAAGAUUUUCACCUCGUUAAUUUUGAAUUUUGUGGAAUAUAUACGAUGUUGAUAGGGACUUGAGUUUGUGCAGUGUAAUUGCAUUAGCUGUAUAGCGCCACCAUCGAGUAAAUAUAAUGAAUACUAGUAUGUCUUGCCAAAGUUUGUACAUAGUUUCCAAGCUUGAAUAAAUGUAUAUCUAAGAUGAGUAUCAUUUUGUCUUAUUUUCAUUCCUCGGCUGAAUAUUGGAUAUAAUGAAUACUAGUAUGUUUUUCCCAAA